GGGGGUAGAGGAAGGGGUGUCGCACAUGCGCGCAUGCGCGGCGCGGCUCCAGGCGGGGGGAAGUUAAAAGCGGCACCGAACAGUCACGUAUUCAAACGCACGGAAGACGCAGUAAAGAGAUAAAGGAUGAGCGCCAAGCAAGCCAACGGUCACCACAGCAACGGGCUGGGCCACGCUGGCCAAGACACAGACGUCGACAUUUAUACAUACGAAGUCGUGGAAAAAAUCGCUCAGUACCUAUUGAGCAAGACAUGCAUCAGGCCGAAGAUAGGAAUCAUAUGUGGAUCUGGUAUAGGAUCGCUGGCGGACUCGCUGGAGGACAGGCAGAGCUUCUCGUACGGCAGCAUCCCCGACUUCCCCGUGUCGACGGUGAGUGGCCACGACGGACACUUGGUGUUCGGCCGGCUGGACGGCGUCGAGGUGCUCUGCAUGCAAGGGCGCUUCCACUACUACGAGGGCUACCCCGUCUGGAAGUGCGCCAUGCCGGUACGGGUCAUGAAGCUGGCCGGGGUGACGCACCUGGUCGUCACCAAUGCGGCGGGAGGCCUGGGCGACGGCUACAAGGUGGGCGACAUCAUGAUCAUCAAGGACCACAUCAACUUCCUGGGGCUGGCCGGAGUCAACCCCCUGCGCGGGCCCAAUGACGACAGGUUCGGCGUGCGCUUCCCGGCGCUGAACAAGGCGUACGACGAGCGGCUGCGCGCCGACGCCAAGCGCAUCGCCAAGAGCCUGUCCUUGGACAAGCACGUGCACGAGGGGGUGUACGCGUGCGUGGGCGGGCCCAGCUACGAGACCAUCGGCGAGCUGCGCAUGAUGAAGAUGAUGGGCGCCAACGCCGUCGGCAUGAGCACGGUGCACGAGGUGAUCCUGGCCAAGCACUGCAACAUGACCGUGUUCGCCUUCAGCCUCAUCACGAACGAGUGCAUCGUCGACUACUCGGAGAAGGGCGAGGCGUGCCACGAGGACGUGAUGCAGAACAGCAAGGACCGCAGCCAGGUGCUGCUGCAGUUCGUGUCGCACGUGGUGGGCCACAUGGCCUCCACCAUGGCCCCGGAGGAGCCGUCGACGACGAUGACGACGACGACGACGACACAGACGUAGGCCGAUGGGGCCUCCGGGACGUGGCGUGACGUGGUUAGAGUCUUUUUUUCUGCCGCUGCAACGCCUAAAGACAUUCCUCAGAUCCUGCUUGAUGAAUUGGUGACGUAACCCGUGAGUAGAGACCGGAAAAAUUCGUGAAUUCAUUUCGCGAUAGGCUAAAAUACAAAUAGUUAUACCUCAGUACUGCCUCUGCUCUUGGCUCACAACUCACCUGGAUGACUCUGGGCCAAUGAGAAACACCCGACCAACGCUUUAUCGAAUCACAGGCUGCUACAUUGGGGCGUCUCACAAGACAGCAGCCAAUGUGUGGGUUGACAUUUGACCGAGAGUACGUAUAACUACUAUGGAGUUCAUCCUGCAGGUCAUUGAACCCGCGAAUUUUUCCGGUCCCUACCCAUGAGUUAAGCUGGGCGCACAAUCGAAAGAAAAAAAUUAAAGUAACAGUAGGUCGUGUUCACGAGAUUUGACCGUAAUGUCUUCCAACCGGGUCGUUACCACAACGCCGAACGUACAGUAACGCCGAAUACCAUAACGCCGAAUGCCAAAUUGACCGCAACGCCGAUAGCUAGAAAACUGCUGUGUAGAUACCAUAACGCCGAAAUACAGUAACGCCGAAAAAUGUUGAUGCGGGGAAGAAGGGCCACAGGAGCAAAAUGAAAAACAACGGAAUGAAUUUGUGUGCUAACCUUACCUAACCUAACCUUUGUGGCAGUCCUGCAAUGACAUUUUUCGGGGUUAAUGUAUUUCGGUGUUGUGGUAAUUCGGCGUUGUGGUACACAGCAGUUUUCUAGCUGUCGGCGUUGUGGUCAAUUUGGCAUUUCGGCGUUGUGGUAUUUCGGCGUUGUGCGUCCCCCUUCCAACCUACUGGUUCACAACAGCGCACAGGACGGUCGUACGCACGGGAGGGAAAUGAACAUAUAUUUUAUUUUCGUUACGGACGCAUGGAGCAACAGCCGAUGAGAGUAGAGUAGGUUGCAAUUUUGGCGGGACUAGAGAACUGUUUGUAUUUACCAAUAUUACUGUAGCAAGAAAUUGUUGAGAUAUUAAAAUGCUCAGACUUUAAAAAUUAAUUAUUGCUUUUACUUGUAAAAAGUCACUGGCAAUGAAUUAAAUGAAAAUUAAAAUUGUUUCGUGAGUAGAAUAGUAAAGUAAAAUUUUUUACGUAACCCAAAUUAAUUUAUAUAUUGAAAAAAACUGUGUUCACAAAUUUCUGGUCAAAUAUCGUGCGAUAAUUAUUUUUGGUAGUUAAUAUAGUUAUCUUCUAACACUACAAACAUGUCAGAUACAUCGAGAAAUUUCACUGGCUGAAAUGAACAGUAAGAUUUCAGUUGUGAACCGAUUUCGCACAGUUCUUGUGCGCAGUCGUUUGCUUGGCCUGCUGUGCUCCUGUUGUGUUUUUUUUUGACGUGAAUACGUCUUUAAAAUUGCUUCCAUAAUUGGAGGCAAUUCAAAAAACGAAUGAUAACAAAAGUCGGGGGAUACCGUUUGGUGUUGCAGCUACAUAUCUAUCAUAUCCAUCCAAAAUUUAAUUAUACCACUGGAUAGCUAAAGGAUCAAAGAAUUCGUUACACUAAGUAAGGACUGUGACGCAUCGCGCGCGGUGGAGGGAGGAUGUGCCGCCAUUUUGAGUUUUUUUUUUUUUAGUUGUGGGCCCAGCUUUAGAGCUUCCGUGGUUGAACACAGUCCCUGCCAUACAAUACCGUCCUUAAAAACUGCUCCCAUACUGCAAACACUACCACACACUUCGCUCAAUGUUUCGGGUGGCAUGCAAUCAUGGCUCGAACCAUACGCUGGACAAAACAUUCCGUUUUUAGUAACUGUCGUGUUGUCUUACAGUCGUGAUGCUUUUUACUAGGUGACUCAAAACAGUUACAAUUUUCUGUCGUUUGAAUAUCCUAUGCAAACCCCCAUAGGGGUUCUGUGAGAAAUUGCCAGACGUGGCAGUGCUGGAAACGUUAAUUUUGACUUUUUUUUGAGGACUUGUAAAUGAUUCUCACAGUUGAGAAAUGCGAAAAACUUGCUGUGAAUACGUUCAGUAGAUUCCUGUAAAAGCGUGUUCAUUUCAAACGCACCACAGCUAAAUUUCCGCUGCGGGGAAAACGGUUCGCUAAGGUUCAGUAUUGCGUGCCAUGUUGGAUAUUUACCUUUCUUGUGGUUACUAGUGUUUACAAUCUGUUCCUGCAAAUUUAUUUGGUCACAGACGUCACGCACCAAAUAUUUACGAAACUGAUGUGUUUGCGAGACGUAACAUUUCACGCAGUAAAUCGUCACCAUGAACAUUUUUGUGUGACCAUAGAUAACACUCAGUAAAUAUCUUUUGAAAAUAACAAUUUCUGAAGAAACGUAACGUUCAACAGAGAUAUUGUGAUAAAUUGACACGAAUGUCCUAAAAGACGGAAUUCCAAUUCACCAUUGUAGAACGUCUUUUUUGUACACGUGUUUUUUGACUGCCCUGUGUUCAUCACAUUUCAAGAUGCCAAUAUCAAAUGUUAAUAAUUUUGUAGCAGAUAAGCUGAUCAGUAAAGUUUGUAGAUAUUACACUUUUUGCUGGUACCUUGCUACGGUAAAAUAUGUAUAGGGUGUGGGUUAGGCGUUCUGACUUUGUGGAACUUACCAUCACUUAGUGACAAUCAGUAUUUCCUGGGUAAGACUGCAGUAUGUUUGCUGUCGUGAGCAAAGCCUGGGUAAUAUAAGUAUAUGAAUGUAUUUUGAUAUGAAUGUAUUUUUCUUUGUAUUUAAAUGUAGAGGGAUAGUGUUAUACAAUUUUGUUACAAUAAAUGAUACAUUUUAUAGAAA